AUUUCAAGUAAAAUGCCGGAAAGUUGUUGAACUUGUUGAAGGUCAAUUUAACCUAAAAGAAAUAAAUAAUUGUAAACGUGACAGAGUGUUAAAUAUAUAUAUUUAAUUUAAAAGACUUACUUUUUCAAUAUUGGAAAUGUCAGUGUACGUGCGAAUGAAGAAAAUCAUUUUAUGAUUAUCGUUAUAAAAAAUUUAAUUUCAGUGUUUGUAAUGUGUACAUGAGUUGUCCUUUUUCAAAUUUAUAAACUAUUGACUAUAUUUUAAGUUUUCUAACAAAAAUCAAAAAUAUGAAGAACUUACAGUAUUUCUUGUUUUCACUGAUCUACAUAUUUUCCGAUAAUGCAUGUAAUGCUCUUCCCAGAAAUUUCACAGAAACGUCAAAAGGAUUCGUAGUUCCUUGUCCGACUGUUAAUUUUUUUCGUGAUUCUAACUAUACAAAAUCAUGUUUUCAUGAUGAUAAAUUUAACACAUCUCAUUUAAUGUGCUCAGCACUCUACGAUUUAGGAUUCAAAUGGUGCACAAUGAGUUCACUGAAUGUAAAUUUACCAAAGUUUGUAGAUGCGACUCAAUUUGAUAAAGUUGUUUCAAACUUUGAUAAUGUAAAUGAUGUGAUGAAAUUUUGCACAGUAAAAAAGAAUGUUACGAAUAAAAAUGAUACGAAACUUUUAGAAUCGUUUUACAAAAACUUAGCCGUGUGUGCAAUAAAGUGUUUAAAUUCUGAGAGAAACAAUGAAGAACCAAUAAAAUUAUGUUCUGCAUUAACUUUUCUCGAAUCAAAGAUGAUUUCAUCUAAUGUGACAAUUACCAAACAGCAAACAGUAAAUGAAGAACCAAAACAGGAUGAAUCAAGCAAACCUGCUGCUAAUCCUUUAAAUAACUCUGAUAAAAAUAGUGAAAAAAUAUCGAAUGUUAAUAAUGAAAAUCUCCCAAGUGAUACUAACUUAAAAGAAUCACCUUUGAAAAGUGUAAAUAGCCAUCCAGUUAUCGAAGAACAAUUAUCGAAAAAGAAUGAACAAGUUCCAGUGCAAAAAGAACCCUCUAAUUUAGAAAUUGAGGGAAAAAAUGAACAAGACAAAAAAAAUGAUAAAAUUCCUAAUCUUGGUGAUAAUGCUGAUUCAAGGACAGAUCAAAAAGUGCAGGAGAAUCCAGUUAUUGAAAGUACAGGAAAUAGAGCUAAUCCAGAGGUUCAUAAAUCUGAAGCAGAUGGCACAAAAUCUGAUAGAAUUGAGUCAGGUUCAGGAAAAACGGCAAAAAAGGUUUCAAAUAAUGAAGAGAUUAAAUCAAGCACUAUUUCAGAACAUACGAAUGAUGGUGCCGCUUUUUCUGAAGAUGGUGAAAUUCCUAUACUUAGUAAUGAUGCUGAUCAACGUGAUGACAUUGCACUAAAUAUUCCAAACCAAGAACCAGAUUUAAUUAGUGAGAAUAAAAUAAUUCCACACUACCCAGGCAAAAAAGCAGAAGAAGAGUCUCACAUUUUUUCCUAUUUUGUAGCGUUUUCUUUGCUCUUUGUAUGUUGUUACAUUGGUUACCUCAACAAGAAAAAGAUUCUGGCAAUUUUAUUGGAAGGAAGAAGAUCACGAAAUGGACGUGGUAGACGUCGACCAAGUACAGCAAAUUACAGAAAAUUAGACUCUAAUUUAGAAGAAGCUGUAACGUCCCAAUGCAACACCAACGCCACAAAUGUUAUAUAUUGAACAAAAAAAAAGGAAUCUAUUUUGCAAUAAUACGAUUUCUGGUAAGUGCAUCAAUUGCUGUGGGUGAUUCGUUACAGCGCUUUUAUGAGAAGUGUAAUUGAGUAGCUACUUUAAAUACGUAAAUUUUCUUUCGUUUAAAAUUACUUUUUCAAGCAAUUUUAUUUUAUAAUAGAAUUUGUAAAUUGCACAAUUACCACCUAUCAAAUUAGGACAAGUGACAUUUAUAGAUUCUAUUAGAAUAAAAUUGCCUGAAAAAUAAUUUUAGACGGACGAAAAUAAGGGUAAAUUUAUUUACGUACACUGAGAAAAAUAGAUAUUGAGCUUUAAUAUCUAGAUAUUGACGGUCAAUAUCUGUGACAGUCAAAUACAUAAACAUCUUGGAUGUUUAAAUUUAAUAUCCACAGAUAUUGGAAAAGACAUCUGAGAUAUUAAACCAUAACAUCUAGAUAUUAUGCAAUACCAUCUUUUUUUAAUAUCUAAUAUAUUAAGAUUUUUAAUAUCCACUUUUCUCAGUGUAUUUAAAAAAUUGAUGACACAUUUUAAACUUACCUUUGGACUCGUUGUAGAAGCUCCUUUACUCCAAACGUCAACGUAAACAUUCGCCCCCUUUGAAUCGUUUAAAUAAUUAAUUAUAAAAAAUUCUCUGCCUUUCAUUAAAUUUUAUACAUUAGGUAUUCAAAAUAUAAUAAUUUAUAAAAGUAAAAUAAACCGUCCGACUUAAAAAUAUAAUAUUUAAUAUUAAAAGUAUUAACUUAAUUCACCACUACAAAUUUUGUUAAUCGUAGUAAAAACACAAGUUUUUUACACUUUCAGUAUGUGUUAUAAAUACCGUCUUCUCAUUUUAUUACUUUUCUAAAAGUAAGAUAAUAUAAACUGCAUUUUCCCUGUUAAAUUCUUUAAUUCUAUUUCACCUUUCUAAAUAAAUUAUAAUUUAACUUUAAAUAGAAGUUUAAAUUAUUUUUUAGAAAAUUAAAA